UUUAACAUUUGUAUGGAUGUUUUAUCCUUUAAUCAUUAUCAAAUAAUUGAAAGCAAUGCAGUUCUAGUUCUGGGACAUGUCAUAUAUUUUAUUAUUGUUGCUUCCCGUUUUUAACUCUAAGGGCCGCUGUUGAUUUGUAGAAACGCAAGGGUAUCGCCAGUGGUUGGUGGAGCUGUGCUGUAGGGAUGCUGUUAGGAGAUUCUGGAAGAGACUAAAGAGAAUCGAUGAAGGGAGACAUUCACUGACUUAUAGCAAACAAACUGGAUGUAUUUGUGGAUAUAUUGACUGCGGAAAAUCCUCUGUAGUUUGUAUUUUGAAUAGGUAACCUAUAAAAAUGCUUGUGUUUAGAGCAUGUAGAUGGAUUCAAUACCAGUCUCGAGGACAGCCACUGGAUCGUGUUUUCUUAUGGAGGGUCUUAUUCAUCAUGGCUGCUUGUUCGAUUUCAAACACAAACGCACAGAUUCGUUACUCGGUUCCAGAGGAAAUGAAGAAAGGGUCACUUAUCGGAAAUAUAGCUCAUGAUCUUGGUCUGAAUGUACAAAGACUGCGCUCGGGUCAGGCUCGUAUCGUGUCUGGCGACAGCACUGAGUACGUAGAGCUGAAAACAGACAAAGGGAUCUUGGUUGUAAAGGAGAGAAUCGACCGAGAGCAGCUUUGCGCUGAAACUACUCCGUGCAGCUUCACGUUUGAAAUAAUUCUUGAUAAUCCAAUGGAACUGCAUCAUGUUACGGUGGAAAUACUGGAUGUAAACGAUCAUUCGCCAACCUUUCCUAAAGAUGAAAUUAAUCUUGAAAUAAGUGAAUCAGCCACAAAUGGGGCUCGUUUCUUAUUAGGAAGCGCAGAUGAUCCUGAUGUGGGUGUGAAUGCUCUCAAAAAUUAUAUAAUGUCAACCAACAAUAAUUUUAUUCUGAAACAACACUCGCGCCCCGAUGGAGUUAAAUAUGCUGAAAUGGUGCUUCAGAAGCCUCUAGACAGAGAGCAGCAUCCACGACUGUCUCUGAUUCUCACAGCAGUCGACGGAGGAAACCCUCAGAGAUCUGGUAAUAUGAAAAUAGAGGUUACUGUACUAGAUGCAAAUGACAACGCACCAGUAUUCAACCAAUCCGUUUACAAGGCAACAAUAGCGGAAAAUACGCCUAAGGGAACAUAUAUUACAACUGUUAAGGCAAGUGAUGCAGAUAGUGGAAUGUAUAGCUUGAUCUCAUACAGCUUUGCUAAUUUAAAGGGAAACAUAAAUGAAGUGUUUGAAAUAGAUGAAACAACAGGCGUUAUUACUCUAACUGGGGUGCUUGACUUUGAAAAAUCAAAAAAAUAUGAAAUUGGCAUCGAGGCCAAAGACCAGGGUGGUUUAGGAAACUCGGCGAAAGUCAUAGUUGAUUUAACUGAUGUAAACGACAAUGCACCUGUUAUUAGUGUUAUGUCAUUUUCAAGCUCAGUGAGUGAAGACGCACCUCUUGGCACCACUAUCGCUAUUUUCAGUGUCAAAGAUCUAGAUGCUGGAGAAAAUGGCCAUGUUGACUGUAUGGUAGAUCGAAAAAAUCAAUUUAAACUCCAGUCUUCACUGCGAAAUUAUUACACUUUAGUCACCGAUGCUGCUUUAGAUCGUGAACGUGUGGCAGAAUAUAACAUCACAAUCACGGCUAUAGAUUCAGGGUCUCCUGCGCUUUCUACUCAGAAAACGUUAAAUCUUAAAGUAUCAGAUGUUAACGACAAUCCGCCCAGGUUUCAAGAGAGUGUUUACACUACAUUUGUUACUGAAAACAAUCCACCUGGUUUGUCCAUAUUUACUCUGAGUGCUCGAGAUGAUGACUGGAAUCAGAACGCUCGUAUUUCGUAUCUUCUAGAUGAGACUACAGUGCGUGGAUCCCCUGCUUCCUCUUUUAUAUCCGUAAAUGCUGACAGUGGAGUGAUUCACGCACUGCGCAGUUUUGACUACGAGCAAAUGAAAAGUGUUCAUGUUUGUGUGAAAGCACAAGAUGGAGGCUCUCCACCCCUCAGCACUAAUGUGACUUUGGACAUUAUAAUUAAAGAUGAGAAUGACAACGCUCCUCAGGUUCUGUAUCCAGUACAGACUGGUGCUUCUGUGGUGGCUGAGAUUGUGCCUCGUGCUGCAGAGGUUGGAUAUCUGGUCACUAAAGUGGUGGCUGUUGAUGUGGACUCUGGACAGAAUGCCUGGCUCUCCUAUAAACUACAGAAAACUACACACAGAGCGCUGUUUGAAGUUGGUUUACAGAAUGGAGAAAUAAGAACUGUGCGACAAGUGACUGAUAAAGAUGUAGUCAAACAAAAACGAGAGGGGGUAAAAUCUUUGCGUGGCAGGGGCAGCUGCCACUGAGACCUGUCACUGCUAUGUGCGCCUGUCACUCAACCUGCCACUGCUGCCACUCGAUCUGUCACUGAUAUACGCGCCGUUCACUCGAUCUGUCACUGAUAUACGCGCCGUUCACUCGAUCUGUCACUGAUAUACGAGCCGUUCACUCGAUCUGUCACUGAUAUACGAGCCGUUCACUCGAUCUGUCACUGAUAUACGCGCUGUUCACUCGAUCUGUCACUGAUAUAGGCGCCGUUCACUCGAUCUGUCACUGAUAUACGCGCUGUUCACUCGAUCUGUCACUGAUAUAGGCGCCGUUCACUCGAUCUGUCACUGAUAUACGCGCCGUUCUCUCGAUCUGUCACUGAUAUACGCGCCGUUCACUCGACCCGUCACUGAUAUACGCGCCUGUCACUCGACCCGUCACUGAUAUAGGAGCCAUUCACUCGACCCGUCACUGAUAUAGGCGCCGUUCACUCGACCCGUCACUGAUAUACGCGCCUGUCACUCGAUCUGUCACUGAUAUACGCGCCUGUCACUCGACCCGUCACUGAUAUACGCGCCUGUCACUCGACCCGUCACUGAUAUACGCGCCUGUCACUCGACCCGACAGUGAUAUACGCGCCUGUCACUCGACCCGUCACUGAUAUACGCGCCGUUUACUCGACCCGACAGUGAUAUACGCGCCUGUCACUCGACCCGUCACUGAUAUACGCGCACCUGUCACUGCUAUACGCGCACCUGUCACGGAUACCCAGGUGAAAAAAGUACAAUUCUAUAAUGUAUUUAAAGUGCUCUGUUUUCGCGCACUAAUUUCGUUCUUUACAUAAGCGUUGUAAAGUUGGUUUUAGGUUUGAUAUUCGCUGGAUAUUCGCCUAGGCUGCUUUAGGGACCGUCUGCAAGUUUACCUCUCAGUACAAAACGAAGUCCAAUAAUUAAUACAAAUUAUAUUUACAAAGCCAUAGUAAAUGUCAUAGUAAAUUUUCUGGCAAACUGACAGAAAAUAUUUAACCAAUAUGUUGCUACAGACAAUAUCUCCCUUAAUGUAUGUACAGUACAUAAUUAUUGUUAGAAAACAAUUACUGUAAUUAAUCAAAAAAGGUUUUUAUGUUCUAACGGUUGUAGAACAUUCCUAGUUGCGAGACUGAGUUACUACAGGUGAACGUUUGCCAAUA